AUGUUGUUGGUAUCUCAGGAGCAAACAGACAUCGCCCUUGCGUUUUCAGCAUCGAAUGCCCUCGAUACUAGUCGGAUGCUACUUAAUGCUGAAAGGUCUGACCAGCGCGGCAUGAGUAUUGAGAAUAGACUGGUAAUACUUGAAGAUCAUCUGAAGCAGAUGCGAAUGGAAAAUACUCGCAACAAAGCUCAGCCAGUUCUCACACCAGGCUUACUCCGAUCAGCGUUGGAGCACCAACAAAUACUGGAUGGAGAGUCGCAUAAUCACGGAAUCACUAUCAUAUCCCAGCGUAAUCGAGGCCGAAAAAAAUGCUCAUGUCGCACGACAUACUUCUGGGGAGAGCGUAACGCAGGUCUGGCUUCUACAAGCGGAUGUGAGCUUCAUACAGAAAGCAAAAACGUUGUGGAUAUACUCUAUCGCAGGAUAUUUUGCAGAUGGGCUCUGAGAGUCUCUCUUGAGAUAUCUUACUCAAGCACAUUCGGAGCAGGAGGUUUCUCGAUCAGUCCUAAACUUGAAUUUCGUGCUAUUGUGCCAAAGGAAUCUCAAAUAUUCAUCUGUCUUCAUACUGCUGAGGAGAGUUUAAAAUCGCGGGAUGUCUCCACUGUGAUCCAAAAUACAUACAAUGCUCUUAUAGAAGCCUUUUGUGCUGGUGAAGCAUCAAUGACUGAUACUCUUCAAAGCGGCGACGGUAUCCUGCAUAUAGUCACUGCCUGGCAACGUUAUAGUUCUCACUGGGACUCGCGUUCACGACUUGUCUGGCGUUUGUUUAUCCAAAAUCUCUUACAAGCGGGCCUCUCCCCAGACCUCGUGAAUUACCGCGGGGAGACUCCUGCAGACAACAUGAUUGAUAAUUUUGGUCAUGAGAGCAACGAUAUGGAGAAGCAGCAGAUAACGAUUGAUAUCUGCUCAGACCUACUGCAAGCUGGGGGGGUAUAUGACCCUGCAAUCCCUUGA